AUGCCGUAUCAGAAUCGCGCAGGCUUAAUCUCUCGAGCAGCAUCCAGUGUGUCUGGUUCGCAGCCAUACUCGCAUUACGCUCAGUAUGAACGAACAGCAAAUAUUGGGACAAAUACGCUUGGUCGUUCAUCGGUUCGCAGCGGCCAUCUUUCCAUGACUCCUUCAGAUCAUUACAGAGUUCCUUUGGUGAUGCCAUUAAUGGAUCAUCAACGAUAUAUUCCCGUAGCUGCUCAACAGCAUCAAUCUGGUAGCGAUUACGGUAGCCAGAUUGGUUAUCGACCUGGAGAUUCUGAUGCAGCAUCUGACUUUGGUAGAACUAGCAUGCAAGACAGAUAUGGAACGCUAAGACUGCAUCAAGCACAAGUUCCACGUGCAUCGGUGGCUGAUGGUGCAAGUAUCGUCAGUGAGGAAAGGCCGGAUUCGCCUGGUUUUCCACUACCUCCACCUCAACUUAGCUCCAACUAUGGAUAUAUUGGCAUGACUAGAGCUGAUGAUCUUCCUCCACCUGCUAUGCAAAUGCUCAAUUCAACCCAUGAAGAUGAACCUCUUCCGCCUCCACCGCUCACCCAAGCUAACUUCUUUGAUGCGCAGGCGGAUUGGAUUCCGCGAAAUUACAUAGAGAAAGCUGUUGCGUUAUACGACUACGAUGCAGACAAGCCGGAUGAGCUAUCUUUAAGAGAAAAUUGUAUUGUUUAUGUACUGCGGAAGAAUGAUGAUGGAUGGUUUGAAGGCGUUCUGGAUGGAGUAACUGGACUUUUCCCUGGGAAUUACGUCCAGCCAGUUUGA